CGUCAUUUCGUCCCACCAACCCAUCUCUCCAACAUCUCUCACCUCUCCGUAUCUCCAAUUAUCAUAUCUCGUCCCGCGGCGUAUCCCCCGCUACCCGAGCCCGACGACACACCGAACCCUUCCAAACAACUCCCCCUCUCCCCAUCGUCCAGCGAGACGCGAACACCGCAAUAAUGAGCCAUCAAAGAUACCCGUCACACGACCCCCUCAAGGAGCCUCACUCCGUCUCCUUGAAAGUCCUCAGACUAUCCCGUCCCUCACUCGUAAUCCAACACCCGAUCCGGCCCCCGCUGACGCCCUCCAACCUCCCCGCCGACCCGACCCCGGCCUCCCUCGCCUACGACACAACCGCCUCAACGAACCCCUCCCCCUUCCUCCUCUCCCCGAUCCUCAAUCUCCCGCUGAGCUUCGGCUCCGCCUACGUAGGCGAAACCUUCAGCUGCACCCUCUGCGCAAACCACGAUGUCCCCGAGCCCGUAGCAGCAGUCCUGGGGGGAGGAGGACCCCUCGGCGCCACCGGUGCAGCAGCAGCAGCAGCAGCAUCUACGGCCCCGGCAAAACGCAAGAGCAUCCGCGACGUCCGCAUCGAAGCGGAAAUGAAGACCCCAGGCGCGAACUCGAUUCAGAAGCUCGACCUCUCCCCGCCAGACUCUACGGAUACCGGCGGCGGCGGCGGCGACGAUGACCUAAAGGGAACGGACCUCGAGGCCGGCGACACCCUCCAGCGCAUCGUAAAUUUUGACCUCAAAGAGGAAGGCAACCACGUCCUCGCCGUGACGGUGAGCUACUACGAAGCCACCGAGACCUCGGGCAAGACGCGCACCUUUCGGAAGCUGUACCAGUUCAUCUGCAAGUCCUCGCUCAUCGUCCGCACGAAAAUCGGCCCGCUUGCUCCCGCUUCUUCCGGCAAGAAACAGGGCGGCGGUGGUGGGCAGCGGCGGUGGGUUAUGGAGGCCCAGCUGGAGAACUGCUCCGAGGACGUGAUCCAGCUCGAAAAGGUGGUGCUGGAUCUGGCCGACGGCUUGGGCUACACGGACUGCAACUGGGAGACGGGCGGGGGCGCGCGGCCGGUGCUGCACCCGGGCGAGGUCGAGCAGGUGUGCUUCGUGGUGGAGGAGGCCGAGGGGACGAGGGCGCAGCCGGGCGAGGACGGGAGGAUCAUGUUUGGGGUCCUCGGGAUCGGGUGGAGGGGCGAGAUGGGGAAUAGGGGGUUUCUUUCCACGGGCAAGCUGGGCACGCGACACGUGGCGUGAGCGAGGGAGGUCUACUCAAGUCUCACGCACACAAAAGUCCAGACCAGCAAAACAGCAGUUGAGGCGUUCGUUGGGGUGGGAGGGGAAGGGGGAAGCAUUGUGUUGGUGAAGACGGCCCCGGCGACGGUGACAGCUGAGGAACGCGACGCAGAGCGCUCAAGGCGUCCCCAGAUUCAGCCCAGUGUCAAACCACACACAUCUCCACCAUCCGAGGAUUGGUAUACACGCACUACGCCUUGGGAAGAGCCGUGCUGAUGGCUUGAGAUCCCAUCAAAAAAAUCCAAAGGGAACUAGAUUACGGGAGCUGGAUCAGGUCUCCCGCGCACGGUCGAGGCGUUGAGCCGUGUUUCCGGGGCAAACGCCGCAUCACGAUGGAGGAGGAUGAGGAGGGUUAUCAUCCUUCGCUUCGUGGACGUUGUUGGACCUCUCUGCGUUGAAGGAAGGGGGGAAAAGGCGUGUCGGUGCUCAGGAGAAACGCAUCUUGGCAUCCCCAGCAGCUGAGAUGACCCUCGUUGAAGAUACCUACCCUGCUUUAGAGUGAGAAUCCCAUAGGCCGUGGCGUUCACGACGCUCGGAUGCGCCACUAAACCCGC